AUGUCUUUCACUAUACCGUUUGCCUCAAAUAAGCUCCAUCUAUUGGGAUCAAUCUCUACUAAUUCCUCACAACCCCAUUCAUAUGACUAUACCGAUAAACCUCGUGGCAAAGUUGUCCUUCAUCAUAAGUUUCCACAUCACGAUCUAACAGUGGAAGCAGUUUAUCCUGGUCUUUUUGUUGAUAAGAUUGGUAAUUACUUAGAUGUACUGUUUUUCAAUGGCUAUGAUCUUUCUCCUUUGACUACCAGUGACUCUUCUGCUGGUUAUCAUUUCUCUGCGUAUUACACUUCUGGGUCACCCAAGCAGUUCGAGAGUAUUCAAAAUCAAAAUGAUAGAGUACCACGGACGCUACUUCUGGGUUUGGCCUUCAAAAGUUUCUUUUCUUGUAGGAAAAACAUUCAUAUCUGGAGAAGUGAAACUCCUAAAUUGAAAUGGGUACAACCAUAUGACAUAUUUCUUUCCGAUUCUCACGUGUCUGCAUUAGGGAUGAUUGGUGCUGCUGCAACAACAUAUUUUGGGGAAAAUUCUGCAAGAUUACAAAUAGAUGACAAUGGAGAACAUUCUGCAGGGUUGUUUCUUAAGGCUUCUGGAAUAAAAUGUUCUUUUCUCGCAGAUUUAUUUGAUCCAUUUCAUUUACAGCCCAACAUGGAAACUUCCAAAGGCCUUUUCUAA